CAUAUUUCGCUUACGUUUAACUUAGUGGGAAACAUUUUUCUGCCAAGUCACGGUUUUCUGUACGAGCUUAAUCGUUCUGUCGACGAAAAGGCAAUUUCGUUUGUUAUGGAAAGUAAAAACGAGCAGUCGAUAACUGAUCAAGAAGAAAGUGCUCUUGUGGCAAAACCCUCGGCACAUCCAAUGCCAGUUUCAACAACACCUAAUUCUAUCGUCGACUCCGGUCCUUACCCUAUGUCACAAACUGGGUACCAAUCGCCAUCUUUUCCUUAUAAUGCGCCACAAAAUGCUUAUCCACCAACGGUUUAUCCAUCUACAGGUUAUCCCUACCCUGCUGCCCCAAAAGAUUAUUCUUCAACACAGAACAAUGUUUCUCCGCCAUUGGCUCCUCCGCCAUCAUACGACGAAAGUGUACCGCAAUCACAGAUUUCUUACCAGCCUAAUGUAACACAAACUACAAAUACUACUGUUAUUUUCGCAGGAGACAAUUUUAGUGGCUCUCAAUAUCGUGAUGAAAUUGGUUUUAACAGCAAAGCUGUUCGUUUAAGUUUUAUCAGAAAGGUGUUUGCUAUACUUUCCAUUCAACUUGCUGUGACAGUGGGAGUUAUUUGCUUGUUUCUGUUUGUAGACAGUGUGAAAAAUGCUGGCCAGAAUAUUUAUGUUUAUGUUACUGCAUACAUUCUAUUCUUCGUGCUUUACUUUGUUUUGGUUUGCUGCGAUUCAGUCAGACGGAAUUAUCCAUCAAACAUGGUUUUGCUAUCAAUCUUUACUCUGUGUUUGUCAUAUUUGGUUGGAGUAAUAUCAAGCUACCAUGACACAAAACUUGUUCUCAUUAUGAUGGCAGUCACUGCACUUGUCACAAUAUGUGUGAGCUUGUUUGCCUGUCAGACAAAGUUCGACAUGACUAAAUACGGAGGAGUUCUGUGUGUGUGUGCCUUGGUCCUCUUUUUUGUGCUAAUAUUCUCACCGGUUUUUCUCCUUGUAACAUCGGUGGGAAGAAUCGCAAUUGGUGGUGUAAUGGCUUUACUUUUUACUGCGUUUCUGGUUUACGAUGUUCAACUCAUUAUGGGUGGUCGAAAAUAUGAGUUAAAUGAAGAAGAAUAUGUGUUUGGAGCUUUGAUUUUAUACGUUGAUAUCGUCAAUAUUUUGCUUAUCCUCCUUUAUUUAUUCGGUGGCAGUAACAACUGAAAAAUUUAUUUUAUGGCGUAUAUACAUGUUGUUCAAAUAUGCAAUAGUGUGAUUAAUGUCUCAGUAAUUUCAAACGUUGACGGUUAGGUGAUCAAUAGCUUAAAAAAUUAAAUCAAUAUAAAUAUGCACAACGCAGGCUAUGUUAUGGAUGUAUUGUUAGCGCCAUGUACCUGUGCUCUUCUAUUAAUUGUUUUUAUGCGUGAAAUUUCACUUAGUUCAAGAAUCGCCAGAACUAAAACAGCUCAAUUAUAUAAAGUCAAAAAUGAAGUUCAAUUAAAAACUAUGUAGCUUGUUAUCGUUAUCAUAAAUGAAGUUCAAUUAAAAACUAUGUAGCUUAUUAUCGUUAUCAUAAAUGAAGUUCAAUUACAAACUAUGUAGCUUAUUAUCGUUAUCAUAAAUGUAGUUGUUUCAUUAUCAAUGAAAUGAAUGUUUGCGUGUAGAAA